ACGUGUUACUUACAGUGAUCGGCAAUAAUCAAAUGAAUCUGAUUUUGGAUAUUCGAUACAUUCUGUGGACUUCCGAAACGCUGACAGUGCCAUUACGCGCGAAAGUAAUUCAGACUUCCUACUUUUUUCCAUUGUAGACUUCAGGAACAAACGGCUAGGUAGAAAGAGUCUUUGUCAUUAUACAAGAUCUGAAUUACAACGACCUUAAUGCCAGUCUGAAACAAGGAUAACUGAAUUCUCUGACGACACGAGCUAUGGAAAAGUAGCCCUUUCUGAAAGAACACGGAUGUUUUAUUAUGAUCAUUCGGACAGUUUUGAUUAGCCUAAUUGAAACAUCUUCGGGUACGAUGACUGUUUGAUGUGCAGCACAUACGGUUGUUCGCAUGGACGAGAAAUUGACAUUCCUGUAGUAGCCAAGAUAAGCUUUACGAAGCUACCAGCUGGUUGCUAAGAAGGGUUAAACUGUAUCUAAAGGGAGUUGGAAAAUCCAGCCUUUCUUCCACACGGAUCAACUCAUUGGGUGGGAGCAGAGAGAGAGACAAGAGUCCCCAGCAAAUCAGGAGCUAAUUGAUUAAAGAGACUUCAUUUGAAUAGGGGGCUGGCGAGGUGCCAAUCGCCUUUCAAAGAGCCCCCCUAUGAUUAAUCGCAAAGCAUUAUUGAUAAUCAUAACAGGACACAUGCGCGGUGGAUGGGCUCGAUUUCCGUAAUUUUGAGAAGAUUUUUUAGUAAUUUUUUAUUCUUUCUUGGCUGAUGCGUGAGCCAGCAUGUCGCGGAGGAAACAAGCGAAGCCGCAGCAUUUCCAAUCGGACCCGCAGCUGGCCUUCCUCCCUCUGAGGGAAGGCGACACAGAGCCUGGCUCAGAAGACCUCCCCUGCAAGGACUCAGAUGCCCACGUCUGUGGCAGAUGCUGCGCAGAGUUCUUUGAACUAUCAGAUCUUGAACAACACCAGAAGAAUUGCACUAAGAAUCAAUUAGUUCUGAUUGUGAAUGAAAAUCCAGCCUCUCCUUCCGGAACCUUCUCUCCCAGCUCUUCUCCCCAUAAUCCUGAUGAGCAGGUGAAUGACAUGGUUAAUAACACAGAUCAAGUGGAGUGCGGCGACCUUUUGGACCAUAACAUGCUUGACAAAGACGAGUCCAUGGACAUGGAUGUUUCAGGAAUCUCUGCUACCCAUGACAACGGAAGCAGACACAUCGAGGGUGGCAGUCCUAUCAGUGGUAGUGGCAGCAGCCAUGGAGCCCAAAGCAGUGUUGGCUCCACUCUAGGCAGCUCUGCAAUCUCUGCAUCUCUACCUCAGCUAGGCAACCUGACUGAGCUGGGUAACUUCUCCAUGAUCAACAGCAAUGUUAUUAUUGAAAACCUGCAGAGCACCAAGGUGGCUGUGGCUCAGUUCUCCCAGGAGACGCGGUCACCUGGGGCACCGAGGGUAGCUGUGCCUGCCCUAAUGGAGCAGCUUCUGGCCCUGCAACAGCAGCAAAUCCACCAGCUGCAGCUCAUCGAGCAGAUUCGUCACCAGAUUCUGCUGCUUGCCUCACAGUCCCCAGAAAUGCAGGUGCCCCCUUGUUCCUCUCCUGGGACACUGGGGUCAUCUGCCAGCCCACUUACAACACUCAGCUCCCAUCUUUCUCAGCAGCUAGCAGCUGCAGCAGGGUUAGCACAGAGUCUGGCUAGUCAAUCUGCAAACAUCAGCAGCCUGAAGCAACUGGCCACAGCAGCGCAGCUACCUCAGAACAACUCCAGCGUGGGAGAAUCGUCUCACAGUAUUGGAACACUGGGGAUGACAGCAGUGAGUGCCCAGCCAUCUGACAAGAAGCCUAGUCACGCUGGCAGCUUGCACCCACAGCUCGGCAGUCAGUCUUUAGCAAAGUCAUCCACGCCAGCCUUUGGGAUAGGUAGCUUGUUGAAUCCUGUGGCUAAUCCACUUCUACCUCAACCCCCACCUGGCAAUCCCAUGUUCUCCAGUGCUCUGCCCAGUGUGGGCACCACAGUUGAAGACCUCAACUCCCUAGCUGCAUUGGCCCAGCAGAGGAAAGGCAAACCUCCCAAUGUCUCUUCCUUUGAGCCGAAAAGUAGCUCAGAGGAUACGUUCUUCAAGCAUAAGUGCAGGUUUUGUGCCAAGGUGUUUGGGAGUGACAGUGCCUUGCAGAUCCACCUGCGAUCUCACACUGGAGAGAGACCGUACAAGUGCAACAUCUGUGGCAACCGCUUCUCAACUAGGGGCAACUUGAAAGUUCACUUCCAGCGGCACAAAGAAAAGUAUCCACACAUUCAGAUGAACCCUUACCCCGUCCCAGAACAUUUGGACAAUAUACCAACAAGUACCGGCAUUCCCUAUGGCAUGUCUAUGCCACCAGAAAAACCUGUCACUAGUUGGUUGGAUAGCAAGCCUGUCCUGUCCACCCUGACUUCCUCAGUGGGAAUGUUGCUUCCACCAACUAUACCAAGCCUGCCGCCAUUCAUCAAAAAGGAGGAGAAUCACUCAGUCUCCAUAACAAGUCCUUCUUCUGCUAAAAGUGACUCUGGUGGGGCUGAACCAUCCACAAAAAGCAAUGAUGGUGUGUCUGAAGAAGGUGAUAGUGCAACUCUGCCUACCUCAAAUGGGAAAACUGAAGAGAACAGCCAGUCCUCUAGUUUCUUGACUAGCAUCAGCUCUUCAGCUGAGACCAACACUGAGUAUAGAACAUCCAACAGUCCUCCUAUGGCCACCAAUCCGCUAAUACCCCUUAUGUCAGAACAGUUCAAGGCCAAGUUUCCCUUUGGGGGACUUCUAGAUCCUCUUCAGGGCUCUGAGACAUCCAAAUUGCAGCAACUGGUGGAGAACAUUGAUCGUAAAGUAACAGAUCCCAAUGAGUGUGUCAUCUGUCACCGAGUACUCAGCUGCCAGAGCGCUCUCAAAAUGCACUACCGCACCCACACUGGCGAGAGACCCUUCAAAUGUAAGGUGUGCGGACGUGCCUUCACCACCAAGGGGAACCUGAAGACCCACUACAGUGUCCAUCGGGCCAUGCCUCCGCUAAGAGUCCAGCACUCAUGUCCCAUUUGCCAGAAGAAGUUCACCAAUGCUGUGGUGUUGCAGCAGCACAUCCGCAUGCACAUGGGUGGCCAGAUCCCUAACACUCCUCUGCCUGACAGCUACCCUGAAUCCAUGGGCUCUGAUGCAGGUUCUUUUGAUGAGAGGAACUUCGAUGACCUGGACAAUUUCUCUGAUGACAACAUAGAGGGUAUGGAAGAUGGGCCUGAUAGUAGCAUCCCUGACACACCCAAAUCAGCAGAUGCAUCCCAAGACAGCGUCUGCUCCUCCCCCACCCCACAGGAGCAGGCAAAUAUGGAGAACCAGGAGAGGAGCGCCCACCAGGGGCUGGGAGAGGAACUGCAAGCUAGUAGUAGAAUGAAGGUGGAGAAUGGGUCAAUGGAAGGAGACCGUCUCACCAAUGACUCAUCGUCUCUAGGUGGAGACAUGGAGAGCCAAAGCGCAGGAAGUCCAGCUGUCUCUGAAUCUACCUCUUCCAUGCAAGCUCCAUCCCCCUCUGGCGGGGCUCCACUUCAGCGCAAGUCUCCUACACUAGAUGAGCGACAGCAAAGGGCUUUGUCACUGGAGCACGCAGGUAUAGGCCUCAUGCAGUCCCAGCCCACCAGCAUGGGAGCUCUGGAUCUAACAUCUGUGAACCCAUCUAAAGACCCACUGGGCAUGCUCUUCCCCUUCCGUGAGAGGGGCUCCUCCAAGAACACGGCAUGUGACAUCUGCGGUAAGACGUUUGCUUGUCAGAGUGCCUUGGAUAUUCACUACCGAAGCCAUACCAAAGAGAGACCGUUCAUUUGCACAGCAUGCAACCGUGGAUUCUCCACUAAGGGGAACCUUAAGCAGCACAUGCUGACACACCAGAUGCGAGACCUUCCAUCGCAGCUCUUCGAGCCAUCCAAUUCCAGCUUGGCCUCAAGUCCAACUCCCUCUCUUCUCUCUGUUGGAUCCCUGCCUUCACUGAUAAAGGGUGAGGUCAACGGCUUUCUGCACAGCCUUCACCAGGAUGGCAAAGAGUUGCCCCCGGGGCUGGUGACAUCCUCAGCCUCCACAUCUCCAGUGCUGUCCGCCGCCCCUCCACGUCGGACACCUAAACAGCACAUCUGUAACACUUGUGGGAAGACCUUCUCUUCUUCUAGUGCCCUUCAGAUCCAUGAGCGAACUCACACUGGGGAGAAACCCUUCGCCUGCACAAUUUGUGGCCGUGCAUUUACCACCAAAGGAAAUCUCAAGGUACAUAUGGGCACACACAUGUGGAACAGCGUCCCUGCCAGGCGUGGCCGCAGGCUAUCUGUGGAUGGCCCUAUGGCAUUUCUGGGCACUAACGCGGUCAAGUUCCCAGAGAUCUUCCAGAAGGAAAUGGCAGGCCGGGCUGGCAACGGAGACCCAGCCAGUUUCUGGAACCAAUAUGCUGCUGCAUUCUCCAAUGGUCUGGCCAUGAAGACCAAUGAAAUCUCGGUCAUUCAGAAUGGAGGUCUGCCCCCUCCGCUGUCUGGUAGUGUGGGGAAUGGAGGCAGCUCUCCCAUUGGAGGUCUGACAGGUAGUCUGGAGAAACUGCACAGCUCAGAGCCCAACGCUGCUCUAGCUGGACUUGAGAAGAUGACCAGCACAGAGAAUGGCACUCAUUUCCGUUUCACGCGUUUCAUGGAGGACAAUAAAGAGAUUGUCACUAACUGAAGGAACGGUGUUUUUCCCGACACGUACAGACAGAGACAUACACACUCUCUCUCUCUCUCUCUCUCUCUCUCUCUCUCAC